AUGGAUCUGAUCGCCGGCUACAGUUCUGACACCUCUGACACAGAAAACGAGUCCGACACCCAAUUGCCUUCUCCUGACUUUUCGCCGUUCCUGGAGAAUUAUUUUGGCAACAACAACAUGGCCAGUAUCUUUCUACACAUUCCAUGGAACCCGCCCAUGCAGGUUGCAAAUCAACUUAAAACCAUUGCGUACGACGCACUUAGGCAGUUGCGGCAACAACACCCCGAGUAUAUACUGAGCUACACCUGGAAUGCAGUAGGGGAGCGUACGAAACUGGUUCAUGGUAAAUUCAGCAUAACCAAUAAGUACGUCCUUCGCACACACCAUAUCUCACUCUGUUCAAACAUCAGAGGAAAGCCACAAAACAUUGACAAUUUCAUCAAUGAUUUUAAAGGUGAAGUGACAAGAAUGAGGAUACCGCCACUGAUGAUUCAGCCAGAAAAGACCGAGCAGGAAAGAGCCAAAUCACUCAAUGCCAUUCUUUUUCGGGACCAACCUCCACCAUCCAGAACCGCUCAAAAGUAUAUAAGUCUUCGUCUUCGCCCUCAACUUCGUCUUUUCCGGAGCUUCUCCUCCAAAAGCGUCUUCUUGGCUGCAGUUCUCGAUUUCUCGGCGCCAGAAGAGCAAGCUUUCUUUGGACAAAUAUGGGAAACCAUCACAAGCAAUGUGGACAAGCUGGGCGUUGAAAUCGAAACAUUUCGCAACAACAAAGAGCUUAAGCCCCCUACGCUCCACGUUUCAUUACUAUACGGAGAGAUGAACAAGAAAGCAAGCCAACAAUAUCAUGAAGUUAAUGAAAGUCUUCAACUGUUGCACUUGGAUCAGCUCAAAGAUAUCCAGGUUUGUGUCGACAAAGUUAUCAUUUCGAAACUCGCCAAAGUUCACAAAACUACUUCAAUUCCAUUCGUUAUCGAAGAAACAACUGCAUAG